CUCUGCGUCUUGCUGUUUCAUAAGUGAGCGCUCGUUUGCACGGCCGGGCUCUGAGGACCAGCUCCAGCAGGGCUCUUUCCCCCCUCAGGAUCCCCUCCUCUGGGCAGCAACAACAGCUCGGUAGACCUUGUGCUGACAUUGGGGUGUGACAUCCAGCGGUUGGCCGGCAGCAGGGGCGAGUCGGUCUGGAAGCUGUUCUCCGGAACAGCUGUGAGGCUUGACUGCGGCGUAUCUGAACCUGCUGCCGACGGUCUGACCCGCCCGCACGGGCUGACUUGCUGGCGGAGCCCGUCUCCACUUUUGCCUGCAGUUGUUCGAGUGUUCCCGGGCUUCCUGCUCCAGAGUCAAAAAGUGCAAAGCCACGGCCUGUGGACACGAGAAGCCUCCAUCUUGCAAUGGAAACCAACUCGGUGGAAGGAUGCCAUAUAGGCCGACUGCGUUGGUUGGUGGCUGGAAGCCAGAUCCUUGGGCUGGCUUCAGUGAUCAUGACAGGUGUGUGGCUGGGUCACUAUCAUGGAGGCUUUGCAUGGGAUAGAACUCCUCACCAGUUCAACGUCCACCCUCUGUGCAUGGUGCUUGGAAUGGUCUUCCUCUAUGGAGAUGCAAUCCUAGUGUACAGAACGCUCAGAAACGAGGGUAAAACCACACUGAAGGUGCUGCAUGCAGUCAUCCAUCUGAUUGCACUGGUGGUUGUCAUUGUAGGUAUAGCUGCUGUGUUUGAUUUGCAUAUAGCAAAAAAGGUCCCCAACCUGUACAGCCUUCACAGCUGGUGUGGCCUCUCAAUCAUCAUUCUCUUCUGCUUACAGUGGGUUAUGGGGCUGGCGUUCUUCCUGUUUCCUGGCGUGACCUACUCACUGCGAACGAUCUACUAUCCCUACCACGUGUUCUUCGGACUGGCGCUGUUUAUCUUGUCUAUCGGGACUUGCCUGACCGGGAUCACAGAGGUGCUGCUGACUUCCAUCAGAGACACAUACUCCAAGUUUGACCCCCAGGGAAUCCUGGCGAAUGCACUGGGGCUGGUGCUGGUUUGCUUCGGGUUACUGGUCGGUUACAUCUUGACCCGGAGUGAAUGGAAGCUGCCGGUGAGCUCUGAGGAGGAAGCCCUGUCCUUGCACUUCAAAACCCUGACUGAAGGGGGAAGUCCCAGCUCGCUGCGGAGACAGUGAAGGGUCAACGUCCAAAUCAAAAGCGUGAAGUAAAGACAUAACAAUGUGGUGUUGCUGUGUCUGUGUGUGUGUGUGAAAGGAACUGAAGAAUGCAGCACGUCUGUUAAUGUCUCCAACAUGAAUUUCUUGCCAAAUGCCAAGUAGUCUAGUCCCCCACUAGAUUGCAGUUUGGGUCACUGGAUGGGGCAGUGAUCCUCUGUUCUGACCACGUCCAGGUCCUCCUUGGUCAUUCAUCCACCCUGCUGCCAGCCCUCGUUCAGCUCCCUGUGGGUACAUGUUAUGCCACCUUCAAUGCCACUGAGCCGGUGACGUGUAGCAAAGGAGGGGGGAGUGCCCUUGAUGUCAGGCCUGGGGAACGGUGUUAAGCUUUCUCCCCCUAGCAUUGACCACUGCGACACAUUAACCCUCGUACCCAAGGGAAGGGUUGACUUUGAAUAUGGUCCCGAAGAAACUUAACAGAAUUACAAAAUCCAAGGCAACUUGUGGUCUCCUGAGGUGGUGAGAGACACCACACUGAUUUAAGACUGUUGUAAGUGACACUCUCUGAGGUGCACAUCAAAUAUCCUUCUCCACUCCCUCAGCCGGGGUGACUGGGCAGCCCCCGUGAGCCAGGAGGCUCAUCGAGUCCUUGUCCCCCAGCACAGCAUGCUGAGGGACGGGUGAGAGAUCGUGCCCUGCUCCUGGACCACAACCCUUGAUCCAAUCAACCUCCGAGUGAACAAAACAAGACUCCCAGUCCCUGCCAGCUCCCUGUUCACUGGCUUCCUGCCCGAUGAAACGCGCACAGCCCGAUGUUCCCUUAGAGACGCGGCCGAUCCCCGAGGUCUCCCCUUCCGGCGUAUCCCGUUGCACUGACAUAUGAACAGUUAUGUGACCAGUCCUCAUACUGAUGACGCCAGCCUAAAGCCAACUCUUCAAUAAAAUCCCCCCCCCCCAUGGAUCCUCUACCCCCUCCCUCUCUACCCCCUCCCUCUCUACCCCCCCUUUCACCCCCCUCUUUCACCCCCUCCCUCCCCCCUUCUCCCUCCCAGACCCUUCCUUGCCCCCUGCUGCCUGCACUGAGGCUGUUCACACUUCAGCGAAGCAGUCCCGAGGAGGUUGGGCAUCUCCUGGUGGGAGGGACAAAUGCCAUCAGGUGCAGGAAGAUCUGCUUGUGCCUGCUGUCCUCUGGGCACAACUUUACUCAGUAUUUAUUUUGAUUUCCGCAUUAGUUGGUGCACAUAUUUCAAGCACACAUUGUGUGUGGCUCCAUAUUUUUUGCGUUUGUGCUAAUUUUCUUUAGAGGGACAAGUUUGGCCAACUCCGUGCCCAUGUAAAUGGGGGUCCACAUAUGUAGAAAGUGUUCAGCGAUGUGAGGCUGGCUCUGAUCCCACAUGCUGCAUCAGUGAAUCUCAGAUCCACUGCUUUUGUAUAAGGGACGUCAUUCAACAUAUCAUUCUGUUGCUGAGCUUUGAAAAUACUGGAGACAUAUCCCGAUCUAGUCCGAUAUAUUCCUGCUGAUUUUCACAAGGAUUCCUGCCAUCAAGUAUCCCAUCUGUGCCAUUGGUCAUCAAACAAAUCUGUGCCAUCUCAGCCUUCCCAGGCCGAAGCUGCCUCUCGAGUGACUUGUGAGAAGAGUAGAGUCAUAGAUUUAUAGAGCACAGAAACGGGGUCUUUGUCCACAUCAACCAAGGUGCCUGCCUGAGCUGUUGACUAUUGCAAAACUGCCCAUUGUUCUCCAUCUCCGAUGUUUUAUAAAAGUCUUCAUAGUUUGUAAAUGCCCCUGUUAUUUUUUUCUGCUGGGAUGUUUACCAUAAUCUCCUGGAGAUUUAAGGACUUCAGCCAAUCCUGGAGAAAUGGUGGCCCUGUUCACUGGAUUGAGGGAAGCCAUCUGGCCUGGAAAACAGGAUUUAGUUUCCAUAAUUUUUGGUUCCCACUCUUGCACAUUCUCCAGGUCCAAAAAUGAAAGCAAGGAAUGAUGGUGAUACUCAUCAGGCCAGGCAGCAUCUGUGAAGAGAGGAACGGUUAUGGUUUUGGGUUGAUGAAGGAGUGGCCAGAGGCUGCUGUCUCUACAGGGAGAGCAGAGAGCCCAGCUGGAGAUCCACAAAUCCCACCCACUGCGAGGGCGGGGGGAGCUGGGUCUGGCUGCAGUGCGCUGCCAAGACACUCCGCAGAGCAAUUCUAGCACUCUACAGCACUUUUUUUUUACCUUCACAACAAAAUUGAAUUAAUCCCUCUCCAAUUCUCCCCACAUCUCCAUUUUAAUCAAAGCAACCACCCUGGGAUUUGGCGGACAGUGUGGAGGGAGUUUUAUGUUGCUGCUGGUCUUGCUCUGAAGGUUUUUGAUGGGAUGGUAUCUAACCCAAUAUGGAUUUGCUGGAGCAGUGUUAGCAGGUACAGCAUGAAGGGAGAUUUCUCCCACACAACUGGUACCUCACUGAAGUAUUCACAUACGCAUAAAUACAAACAAAAAUAACACGGGUGCUAGCAAUCUGAAACAGGGUACUGUGAGCCAGCCUAACAGCAGCUGUAGAGAAAAGAGACUGUUUCAAGCACAGGUCUGCCAUUAAAGGGCCUUAGGAUUGAAAGGCCAAAUCCCUCACCACCUUCUCUCUCUCUCUCUCUACCUCUCUCUCUCUCUCUACCUCUCUCUCUCUCACACUCACACACACACACACACACACACACACACACACACACACACACACACACACACACCCUGACCAGCUGAGUGAUUUCUGCAUUUUCUGGGCUUUUUAAGUUUACAUGCCACUUCUGACUGUCCUGUUCAUGCAGUUUUAGAAAAGGCUGGUACUUUUGUGAGAUUCCUGGCUUUGGAAGCAGAGAACACACACUAGCAACGAGAGGGUUUCAACAGUUUACCCUUGCAUUUAUAACUCAUUCUGCUCUGGUAAUGUAGCCUGUGUGAUUUCACGGGCAGUAUGUCCACUACUAAGUAUCUAAUGGCAGGAAGGAGCAGUGCGGGUAUGAGUAGGUUGUGAAGAAAUUGGGUUCCAUUACCAUUCCAUGAAUGGUUUCAGCUGGAGAUGUGUGUCUGUUGGUUUAAAACUUACUUGUGCACUUUGUUCUGUGUGAUAUUAUGUUAUUAAAUAAAUGUUGCAGCAAGAUUGAA